AUCAGCGAGCGGGCAGUUUUUCUUACCCCCUGGGAAAUUCUACAGAUCAAUUCAGAUCGGAUUAAAGUGUUUCAAGUGCCACAUUACGCGAUGAAUUCGAUCCGAUCACAAUCGCGGCUCACUAAUGUGAUUGUUCUACUGUUUCUGCUGCUGGGUGUGACUAAUGUUGCCGAUUGCGCGUUGCCCAGUACGCUGAAAGUUUGCUCACGCAAUGAAACGAAAAUAAACCAGUGCAUCAUCGAUGCGGUGGAGCACAUCCGGACCAAUCUGGCCAAGGGAGACUUUGGGCCGGACUUUAACGUACCGAAGCUCGAACCGCUGUUCAUCGAACAGGUGAAGAUGCAGAACGGCAAGGAUCUGCAGGCCGUCGUUAACAAGGUCAACGUAUCGGGAUGCAGCGCCUUUAAAAUUGAACGAAUGCAGUCAAAACCAAUGAAUUUAUCAUUUGACUUGGUGGUUUCCAUACCAAAGUUGAACUUCACGGGAAAGUACACUCUCAAGAUGAAGCUUUUGCUGUUGAAUCUACAGGGAAAGGGUGACAUCAAUGGAACGCUGACAAACGUGCGCCUGUCAGCUCGUAUUCGGGGCUACACGGAGACGAUUGACGGCAAAAACUACGUCCGCUUCCACCGGUUGGGCAUUCGGCUGAAGGUCGACGACGGCCGGUUCCAGCUGGACAACCUCUUCAACGGGGACCCCGUACUGGGCAAGGUGGGCAAUCAGGUGAUCAACGAGAACUCGCGCAUCUUUCUGGACGAGCUGCUGCCCGGGUUGGAGAAAAACCUCAGCAAACUGUUCACCGCGAUCGCCAACAACCUGCUGAAGAACGCGACCAUCGAUGAGAUGUUUCCCGAAAAGGUCGCCGAUUAG